AGGUGUUGUCCGAGACGGGGUACUGGGGCUUAACCUGGGGUGGUGGAGCUCGGCUCAGUUACUCGACACGCCAGCCGAUCAAAGCAGUGGAAGGUGUGCCGAUAGAACUAACCCACGCUCUGGGAAGCUCUUGGUCUCAUCAAUCAAACCCUGAGCGACAAUCCACCGCUGAUACUACGCAUUCACUAUGGCAAGCCGUCCACUUGACUCAGUGCUAGCCAGUGAACAACCAGUACAACAUGCCGAUAAGACAGCUCGAUACCGAGAGGAGAUCGAGGCUCGUACUCUGGCAGGCGAGUCCUGCAAACAGAUCUCCGAUGCCUUGCUCGCUCGAGGCAUUGUCCUCAGCGACAAAACCAUCUCUCGGCGACGGAUAGAAUGGGGCUUCCGCCAGCGUGCUGAAAAUAAAAUGAAAGGUCGCUCUGCACCGAGACCGGGCAAAAGCCAUUCUGCUAGAUGGCGUGAAAGGUCCGAGCGGACGAAACAGAUCCUUAUGCAGUUGACGGCUGAAGGCAAACCUGCUGAGCAGAUAGCUGAGCACUGUGAGUCUCAAGGUAUCGUCUUCAAGGCUGGUGUACGUACUGUAUGGCGACUGCAAGCUCAUUAUGGCUUAAUCCCGUACGACGAGGAUCGAGCGAAAGCUAGAGGUGCCUAUAGAAAGCAGGCAGUGAAUCACCCGAAGCCGCUGCGCCAGAAGAAGUCAAUGGCGAAUGUUCUCGAGAAUGGGCAGCGUAGUGAGACGCUGCACUACCCUUCGAACUGCAGCUUUGGUCCGAAGCGAGGCGUGACAGGGAGGCAACCGUCUGCCCAGAGUAAUCUUGACAUGUCAGACGAUGUCGUACAGAUAGAUUCCGAUAUUCCUGAUGCCGAGCCGCUCGAUACACGGUGGGGCGACGAGAUGCAGUUUACUAGUGCAGCAGACGAGUUCAACGCUAGCCAUAACAUUUCUGAACCAAUUCCCGGUCAAGCGCCGCGACCGCGGCCGGCAGUACUAUUCCAGCGAAUCAGACGUACAGCACGGUAGCAGGAUGGCGGACUGACAAUCCCGCCGUGUCGUCGGCACCCAAUGAUAUUGAUGAAGUUGAAGUGACACCGAGCGAUCUGAUGUCUGCAGGAACUGUUGGUAGACCUGGCUAAUAGUACCCUCGUAGCCGCAAUUGAGCUCAAGAACGUGCUGCGUGCGGUUCACAUGCGCAGCCCGCUGCCGGGGAGUACAUCUGGCAUGGCACCCUCAGCGCAGGAUGUAGCGAUGGCGAGGUUGAAGCUGCAGAAGGCCGGGCAGGUGGUGAUUGACUUAUCUUUCGGCUAGAGACUUCUCUGAUCU